UGAGAACAGGACGUAGACUUGCUUGUCUCCGCUCAGCAGGGGGAUCAAUAGAAUUCACUGGGGAGCCCGCAUUGCGAUGAACUUGGCCUGACACCGCGCCUACCCCACGGUAACGGUCUCAGUCAGAGCCCGGGCGCCCAGUGCGCAUGUCAAUUGGCGCUCGGCUCUCUCCGGCCCCGGACUUCGGAGCUCGUCGUUAUGGCGUUUCAGGAGGACAACAAACUUUGCUGACAGGGAAGAUAGCACCUUGGUUGACAUCUGUGUACUUCUUGAGAUACAGUACUGAUUGUUCUGAGACCACAUCCCAGUGCCAGCUGUUUGGAUUACUUACUACUGGAUCUUAUGUCAUAUAGAAAAAUGUUUAUUGUCCAGUCUGCAACCAAGUAGAAUGAAUUGUGGAUGGUUGUCAGAUUGUCAGCUCUUCCAGCAUGUCUUGGACUAGUGUCAUUCAGAGUAUAUGCUUCAAGCAAAAAUCAAUAUGACAAGGAUCUCAUCAAACCUGAACAGCUUUCAGUUUACAAUGAACCUUCAACAAACUGCAAGUUUGUAGUCGAACAGCCAGGUCAGUUGUUAAAGGGAAUUUCUGCUCUGAGACAGUCUAUUCAACCAUAUGCUGCUCAAUGCAAGGGUGCAUAUAAUGCUGUUAAAAAUGGUGCAGAAAACUCUAUUGCAUUUGGCAAAGGUGCCUAUGUCUUUCUCAAGAAUCCGCCUGAAGGUUUCUUUCCAAGAGUGAGUGUGAUAACAGUAUCCGGGUUGGCUGGACUAAUUCUGGCAUCAAAAGGUUCACGGGUUCAGAAAAUGGUAUAUCCAGUAGGACUUGCAGCUGUGGGAAUGGCCAUUUGCUACCCCCAGCAAGCUAUACCCGUAGUAAAGUUUUCUGGCCAGAAAAUGUAUGCCAUUAGUCAAGGGAGCUAUGAGGCAAUUCGAUCCCUUUGGAAACAGAGUCCUCAACAAAAAAAGGGAAUGACGAAGAAUGAAGACCUGGAGGUCACUAAAAGACAGACAAACUCAGAGAAACUUGAUCGAUUAGGAGACAAUUACCCUGCACUGGCGGAGAAUCAGCAGCCGACAAUAUCAGAAAUUGUUUUUCUACCAGCAGAAGAAAAACUCAUGAAUCCACUUGAUCCUAAUUUGCUAGACCACGGUCAGGCAAAUCCUGAAGAUACAGACUUAUACAGCACUCGAAGUUAAGGGCCAAGACUACUACAUAAAUUUGCAAUUUAUAGUGUUUGAAUCUGUUGGUAUUGUCUAAGUUCAUAAAUUUAGAGAAUCAAAUUAUACCUUUUAUGCUAAUAUGUUGUUACUUUAUUGUAUGGUGCCUAUUUAUUUGUAUCUCUGAUUUUUUUGAAGAAGUGUUCAUAAUCCUGUCUCUUGCUUAAAAUUUUUUGUGUUCAAUUUACAAUUGUAAUAAAUACACAAGCUUGUUUUCUGUCUACUCUACACAUUCGUAAAGCAAUUGGCUACAUCUAGAAAAUAGAACAGCGAUUGUUUACUUUUCUAUUUGCAAACUUAAUCCCCCUCCAUUCUCCUCUACUUUGAAUAAAAUGCAAAAAGCAUCAUUAAGAUUAAGAUCAUAUAAUUUACUGGACUAAUAUUACAAUAUUGGCUCUCUUGUCCUUAUACCACAUGUCUUACCUCCAAGCUUGGAUCUUUCUCUAGUUUCCCUCCCACAUCACUUCAUCAUCUGUCCUUGGCACCCAUGAGAAUUCCCCCCUUGCCCCAUUUUCAUGAAACAGCUGAAUGUUUUGAAUUUCCUUCCCAAACUUAAAGUUCACUGAUAUUGUUAACAACGCUGUCCUUGUGGGUGGCUUUGAAUUUCUUUAAAUCUAUCAAUGUCUCCCUUCUCAAAAAUCCACUCCUUGCAUUUAAUUAAAACAUCAUCUUGUACAGCAUCAAAGAUGUGUUUUUGAUUUCUGAAUACGGGUCUCUGUUCCAUCACUACACCCGCGCGCAGAAUGAGCUUGACAAAACCUGUCUAUCUCAUAAGAAUGGCUUUCUGCUUACAAUCAGAAAACAAACUUACUUUGAUAUAAAUCUUAACAUUUCACUGCAUUGGGGGAGGUUGUGCCUGAAUUGGCUGUUUUAUGAUUGCUAUUCAUUUGGUCUUGGUCUUGCAUUGAGAAUCCACUGCAAAAUUAGUAUGCAUUGUAAUUGGAAGUUGCAGUUGUUCGAAAGUAUUUAGUAUUCACUAUUAUUUCAGUAAAUCUUGUGAUUUAUUAGUACAACAUGAAAUGAGCUUUUAACAUCCCCGCACAUUUGUCAAAGGAACACAUCAGGAAUCCUAUGCACUAGUUAAAAGAUGGAAUUUCUCAGGACCCAAGGAAUUAACAUGCCAAAGUAAAUACAAAUACAAGGCAAAGGAAGAAUUUAGAAAUACUAAAAGGAAAUGGUUAAAGAGUGGCUUACAUAUUUUGUCUCCAGUUUUAUAAGCGCAACAGCCAGGUCCUUAAGCUGGUAUACUCUGACUUUGUCAAAUAUUUUUGAUAUUUAUGGUUUUUCCGUAAGAGGGAAGACAUUAUACUAACUUGUCAUGUAAUCCUAGAUUCAGAUGUCAAUGUUGUGAUUCCAUCAUUGUGGAUAAAGCAGCUACUUUGUGUAAAAUAUCCACUGCAUAAUGGUUGGUGACAAUAAAUUUAGUUCCUAAUCCGCGUUUUGAAUUUGUUGUCAUUUCAUGUAGGCACAUUAACCUGUGAUGUAAAGGGUUCAGUGUGUGUUUUGUCUGAGAACAUGAAAUACAAAACUGUUGGAAACAACACCCAAGGUAUUGCUUGCAAUAGAUUGGAACUUGCACAACAUUGCCAAUUUUGCUUUUAGCAUCUCAAGAGUUGAAGAGAGUCAUCUACAUGAGGAGGGUUGGUCUGCAUUGAGGUGUGUUUUUGGCUUUGGGGUCAUAAUGUGAAUCUGGAGUGCUCAGAGAGUGCCUCUUAGGCCUGGAUUUCAUUGGAUCUGAAAGAUUCCCAGUUAGAUUUGCUUACCUCUGAAAACUUUGUGUGAACACAGCAGUCCUACUGUUGGCAGAACUGGAUUGGACUCUGGUAUGGGACAGUCCAGCAGGCAGUGGGACGAAGGACAAGUGACCAAGGCUGAGACCCCAGGGACUUUAUAAACCUACUUCCAUCCUAAAUUACUCAAAAUAUUCUAAUGACAUAAAAUGACCACAAGGUUACAGUUUUUAAAUGUUGCUCACUUUAGCA